GAGGGUACUGCUGCAUAGAGAGAGAACGCGAGAGAGAGAGAGAGGGAUGAGAGAGAGAAUCGGGUGAGAGAGCUGUAGAUAACGACAGACAAAAGAAGGAGAAGAACAGACAGAAGGAAGAGGGAAAAAAAGCAAAAAAAAAACGAGAUGACAAUUUUCAUAGGCGAGCCAGCCAGGAGUAACGCCUGCCACCGCCGCUGCCACAGCCACAGCCACAGCCGCCACUGAGGCCACUCUGCAUCCGGCAACCAUGACAACGGAUGCAAGCACGCAUCCAAGGCAGGCGAGCCCCCAGCAUUCUGGCUCUGGCUCUCUCUCUCUCCGACGCCGCCAAUGAGGGGGGUAUGAACCUCGAUGAGACGAGGAACGAGAAACGAGGAGCGCAAGACGACAAGAGAGAAAACAGAAAACAGACAGAAGACACGGAGGAGAGCGGAGAACGUGAGCAUCUUUCUUCACAAGCAAGAAAGAAAAAAACAACCCAGAAAUAUAUAGCGGCUACUCCCUGAUUCAAUUUGAUUUUUCGUUUUUCCAUUUUUCCAUUUUUCCAUUUUUCCAUUUUUUCGCCAAUUUUCGCCAUUUUUCAACCAAAUCAGCUGGAUUUCUACAGCAUUUUCAUUAGAGAGCACCAUUCCUCCACCGGAUGGAGCCGGCACAGAGCCAGUCACCGCCGCAGGUCUCCAGGAUGCGCUCCCCUGAUUGCCGGGGACCGAAGCUGAGGAGCUUUACCCAGGAACCUGCCAACCUUGACCCAUCCAUGGAGUCCCUGAGGAGGGCUUAGAACAACACCUCCCCUCCCUCAUUCCCUCCCUCCAUCCAUCCCUCCCUCCCUCCCUCCAUCCCUUCUUUUCCCUUUGCUCCUCAUGUUUCCCUUCUGGAACAAACAACAGAACUACUGCCUGCCCCAAAACUGGAGGAGAACCGACACCGGAGAACCGACUCAUCCAGCAGAGAAACCAUGUAAAACCUCAUAGAGCCAUCUAAUGGCUUCAGUUUCCUGUGAGAUGCUAUAAGCCCCGGUCAGCGAGUCCUGAUGAACCCCAUGGCUCAGUUGUACUAUAAGAAGGCGAGCUACUCGCCGUACCGCGACCGCAUCCCGCUGCAGAUCGUGCGGGCGGAGGCGGAGCUGUCGGCGGAGGAGCGGGCGUACCUGACGGCGGUGGAGAAAGGAGACUACGCCGGGGUGAAGAUGGCCCUUCAGGAGGCCGAGAUCUACUACAACAUCAACAUCAACUGCCUGGACCCUCUGGGCCGCAGCGCGCUCCUCAUCGCCAUCGAGAACGAGAACCUGGAGGUGAUGGAGCUGCUGCUGAGUCACGGCGUCCAAGUGGGAGACGCCCUGCUCUACGCCAUCCGUAAGGAGGUGGUGGGAGCGGUGGAGCUGCUGCUCUCCCACAGGAAACCCAGCGGAGAGAAGCAGGUUCCCGCUCUGAUGAUGGACUCUCAGUUUUCCGAGUUCACUCCGGACAUCACGCCCAUCAUGCUGGCAGCUCACACCAACAACUACGAGAUCAUCAAGCUGCUGGUGCAGCGGAAGGUCACCAUCCCCAGACCUCACCAGAUCCGCUGCGACUGCGUGGAGUGCGUGUCCAGCUCGGAGGUGGACAGCCUGAGACACUCACGCUCUCGGCUGAACAUCUACAAGACCCUGGCCAGCCCGUCCCUCAUCGCCCUGUCCAGCGAGGACCCCAUCCUCACGGCGUUCCGGCUGGGCUGGGAGCUGAAGGAGCUGAGUAAGGUGGAGAACGAGUUCCGGCAGGAGUACGAGGAGCUCUCGCAGCAGUGCAAGCUCUUCGCCAAGGACCUGCUGGACCAGGCGAGAAGCUCCCGAGAGCUGGAGACCAUCCUCAACCACCGCGACGACCACAGCGAGGAGCUGGACCCCCGCGAGUGCAGGGACCUGGCCAAGCUCAAGCUGGCCAUUAAGUACCACCAGAAGGAGUUCGUGGCUCAGCCGAACUGCCAGCAGCUGUUAGCCACGCUGUGGUACGACGGUUUCCCCGGUUGGAGGCGACGCCACUGGGUGGUGAAGCUGGUGACCUGCUUCACGAUUGGCCUGCUGUUCCCGGUCUUCUCCAUCAUCUACCUGCUGGCUCCAAAGAGCGCGCUCGGCUUCUUCAUCAAAAAACCCUUCAUCAAGUUCAUCUGCCACACCGCCUCCUACCUCACCUUCCUCUUCCUCCUGCUGCUGGCCUCCCAGCACAUCGUCCGCACCGACCUGCACGUACAGGGACCCCCGCCCACCAUCGUGGAGUGGAUGAUCCUACCCUGGGUCCUGGGUUUCAUCUGGGCCGAGAUAAAAGAGAUGUGGGACGGAGGAUUUACAGAAUACGUCCAUGACUGGUGGAACCUGAUGGACUUUGCGAUGAAUUCUCUCUAUCUGGCAACCAUAUCCCUGAAAAUGGUGGCUUAUCUUAAGUAUAACAGCUCUCGUCCUCGGGAGGAGUGGGAGAUGUGGCAUCCGACGCUGAUCGCCGAGGCUCUGUUCGCCAUCGCGAAUAUCUUCAGCUCCCUGCGGCUGAUCUCGCUCUUCACCGCCAACUCUCACCUGGGUCCUCUGCAGAUCUCUCUCGGCCGGAUGCUCCUCGACAUCCUCAAGUUCCUCUUCAUCUACUGCCUGGUGCUGCUGGCCUUCGCCAACGGCCUCAACCAGCUCUACUUCUACUACGAGACGGAGGCGGCCGACGAGCCCAACCACUGCAAGGGUAUCCGCUGUGAGAAGCAGAACAACGCCUUCUCCACGUUGUUUGAAACUCUCCAGUCUCUGUUCUGGUCUGUGUUUGGUCUCCUGAAUCUCUACGUCACGAACGUUAAAGCUCGGCACGAGUUCACCGAGUUCGUCGGAGCCACGAUGUUCGGCACGUAUAACGUUAUCUCACUGGUGGUGCUGCUGAACAUGCUGAUCGCCAUGAUGAACAACUCCUACCAGCUCAUCGCUGAUCACGCAGAUAUCGAGUGGAAGUUCGCCCGCACUAAGCUGUGGAUGAGUUACUUCGAUGAAGGAGGGACGCUCCCCCCGCCCUUCAACAUCAUACCCAGCCCCAAGUCCGUGUGGUACCUGUGUGUCUGGCUUCACAGCCGCCUCUGUGGGCGGGGCCAACCGCGGCAGGAGGAGGAGCAUAAGCACGAGAACCUGAAGGAAUUCACGGAGCGUCACGCUGACAACCUCAUCCAGAACCAGCACUAUCAGGAGGUGAUCAGAAAUCUGGUGAAGAGAUACGUGGCAGCCAUGAUCCGAAGAACCAAAACAGACGAGGGCUUAACAGAAGAAAACUUCAAGGAGCUGAAGCAGGACAUCUCCAGUUUCCGCUACGAGGUUCUGGACCUGCUGGGCAACCGCAAACCUCCACGUCGCACCUACUCCUCCAGCAGCGAGGCCACGCAGCAGGACGACCCGGCCGACGCCGAGCACGAGGAGCACGGGGAGGAGCGGCGGCGAGACGGGGACGAGACCAGCUGCGACGAGGAGGCGGAGACGUCCAGGGUCGGGAGCUCUGUCUCCUUCAGCCAGGCGGACAGGAGGAACCGCGAGGGACAGUACGGCGUCUCCGCCCUGUUCUGCUCCAUGGCCGGAGUGGAGGAGUCGCCCAACGACAGACCAAAGAGCAAUGGCCUGAGGAGGAGCAAGUGGUCGCCCUCGUCGUUCGUGAGGACGAGCAGCCGCCUGCAGCGAUUCUCGCGCUCCAAGAAGGACUCGCUGCGACGCUUGGGCAUGCUGUUCCAUCGCAUGAACGGACAUGUGCCGGAGGCUCCAACGCAGCCUCGUCUUCCUCCUCAGCAUCAGCAGCAGCAUCAGGACCAUCAGCAUCAUCAAGAAGAGGAGCAUCAGUCGGCCUUCAGCAUCUCGGACAGGGUUUUACAGCGGACUCUACCGGAGGAGCGGGUGACGAGCAGCGAGCUGCAUCUGCAUACUCUAGGAGUGAGACCCAGCGAAAGGGAUCUGAACCCGACACAGUCCGGGUCUCAGCAGGCAAACGGCAGGGACAGCCUCAUCCUAAGACCCCCGGGCAACUCCCCGCUGCCUCCCCUGCACUGUGCUUCCAGCCUGACCGCCUCCAGCUCCCGCCUGCUCUGCUCCAGCGAGGACCUCUGUCAGGGCUGGGUCGGACCCUGCGAGAGCCUGGGUUCCUCCUACUGGGAACAGGAGGAGUCGGUCACGACGCAGCUUUAGGCGCCUUAAGGCUGCUUUUAGGCUGCUUUUAGGCGCCUUUAGGCUGCUUUUAGGCAGCUUUUAGGUGCCUUUAGACUGCUUUUAGGCACUUUUAGGCGCCUUUAGGCUGCUUUUAGGCACCUUUAGGCUGCUUUUAGGCAGCUUUUAGGCGCCUUUAGACUGCUUUAAGGCUGCUUUUAGGCGGCUUUUAGGCUCCUUUAGGCUGCUUUUAGGCGGAUUUAAGUGGCUGAAGACUUUUGGCUUUCCAUGAGUCGGACCUGGCGCCCAAUAUUUGACUGUGCAUCAACAUUAAUAAUAAUAAUAAUAACAAUGGCAAUGGACCAUAAAUCAUACAGUACGUACAAGUACAUAAAAGUACGUACAAGUACAUACGAGUACAGUGUAAUGAAAAUGCUUUUAUUACUGCAAAACUAUGAUUAUUCUUCUUAUUAUUCUUAUUAUUAGCAAAUAAGUAGUCUUUAAACACCAUAUACAAUAUUGGAAAUGUUAGCUUUUACGUUUUCCGCAGUACGAGAGCGCAUUUUUCCAUCGAUGAUGACACACCUCUGAUAUGCGAUAUGCGAUGCUGUUUUUUUUUUGUUCUAUACACACACACACACACACACACACAUUACACACACCACCAAAUAUUAAGGCACCCAGUCAACAUGUCCAUGUGGGGUCUAUAGAUUUUGUCCAUGAGGUACAACUGAGGUCACCACUUACAUUUCUGCAAAUAUACACAACUGUGCAAACGUUUUAGGCACCUGUGUGAAUUUUUAAUAAAGAAAAAGCUUAUUAGAAAUUAGCUUAGCAUUACAAUAAAUACAAAAAACAGCAAUUUUACAAAAAGCAAAACAAAAAGUUUUCCUUAAAACAACAACAUCUAAUCUCUCCUCCUUCUAAUCUGAGUUUAAUAGAGUUAUUUAUUUCUAGUUCUCAUCAUAUUAAUCAACACCUGGUUUGGUGGUAAAUUAGUGGUAAAUGUGGUAAAUCAGGUAAGCUGCUGACGGAACUGAACAUAAUAAUAUACACAUGCUGACUGAGGAGCAUCCAGGAGAAAUCCUGGAAAUACAGGACAUAUAAACAUGAUAUAUUUACAGUUAAAAAUGAGAAAUUUUAUUUUAAGUUUUACUGUAUUUAUGUAUGUUUACUUGCAUCUGUUUAAAUCAUAUGUGGUGCUUUUUUCAGGUAGAAACACUCAUAUUGCUGAGAUAAAUGGAUUAGUGUCAUUUGCUUUGGUGCCUAAAACUUUUGCACAGUACUGUACUUUGUUAUACUGUAUCUGUAGAAAAUGUGGAAACGUGGUUAUAAUUUAGAGCAGUCAGUGUACAGCUUAUCCUAUAUAUAUAU